AUGGAAAAUACAAGAAAAAACAAUCCAGUGUAUUCAAGAAUUUCCAGAGUUGGAAUUAAAUACGCAAAAAUUGCUAAUCUUCACUGCUUUUUAUUUAAAAAAAACGGAGUCCCUCUUCUUUGUGCUGGCCCAAAUUGUACAUUUUACAUAGGAUCUUUCGUUAUAGGGCUCAAUUUAUUUUUCAUUAUCAUCGGAUUACUUUUUAUAUUUAUAAUCUGCCCUAGAGUAAGCCAAAUAGACGUAAUUAUUGGUAUAAUUGCAUUUACGCUAUUAGUUGUAAGCUACACAAUGACUGCUUUAUCAAAUCCUGGAAUUUGCUACAACUUUAGCGGAGAUCAAGACCUUGGGCAUCAUUUAUCAGGUGAGAGGUAUUGUGAGCUAUGUGAAGUUGUCAAAAAAUCUACCACUGUGCAUUGCGAUGAAUGCGGAGUUUGUAUAGAGGAGUAUGAUCAUCACUGUCCAUGGGUUAGUAAGUGCAUUGGAAAGAACAAUAAAUGAUUUUUCUAUGCCCUUCUAAUUGGCUUGCUUUGUGUUUUUGUUUUUAUAAUAGCGACUUUGUCAUUUAAAUCCCGAACUAGCUCUAAAGACUAA